CGUCUUUGACAAGUCUUUACUCGGACUUGCAGUCGAGUUGAUGCGUCGAUGCCAGCCUGCCGCAAUGACCAUCUGCACUCGCUUUGCUGCUAGUACCUGUAGCCAGUGUGUGGGUCAACGUGCAAGUCAGCCUGUUCAAGCGAUACUCACAGCUAGACGCUACCCAUGACAAGCCAGCCUCAUCCCAUCCAUACGAAGGUUUACCCCAUUUCAGAUUUGACAGUUUUGUGUCCCUUCUGCGAUGCUGAACAGCCCGUACGCGUGUCGCGGGGUCUGGCUUCGUGUUCCAACUUCCAAGGGCCCAACGCGGCGCUCGACUCUUCUCUACGUGCCACGCUGGUUGGCAAUGCUGCAAAAUGAAAUCGAUAGAACGAAGAGAGAGGAACAACGGAAGAGGCAAUGACGAUACUGUAGACCCGAGCCUGUACACCUAUCGUCUCGCAAACAUGACCGAGAGUGUGACGGGGAGUUGCCUGCCUCUGCUACGAGAGUGGGCUCUGCGACUGUAUGCGCCACGGUCGCUCUAUUUAGGUUCAGUUCAUUGCUGCCAGCCAUUGACGUACUGUUCCGCAAUUUGAUUGGCAGCGACGCUGAGCAGACACUCAGAGGUGUAGCCGACUUCGUAGCUGCCACGGACAAGACAUUCACACGGGU